CAAACAAACAUAGCUCCUAUAACAACUUCUACUAUACACAACGAAUUCAUCCAUUAACAAUGGCAUCCACCCCACCAUCAUCUGCCACGGCACUGGCAUCCAAACCAACACCAAGCAUCUCAGCCUCAGACGCAGUGUUGCAUAUCGAGAGCGCCACGUCGAUCGCAGCCCCCUGCCAAGAUGUCUGGGAUGUUCUAAUCGAUACUUCCACCUGGCCCUCGUGGAAUACAUUCGUUCCGCGAGUCACCAUUCGCGAACAGCCGGGGUCCGACUCUGAAUCUACUCCAGAUGAUCUUACCCCGAAGCUACAGAUGGGGACGAAAAUGACCUUCCAUGUCCAUAUGGAUCCAUCGUCCACCAGUGAGCAAGAUGUGGGGCUCGUCGUGACUGAAUUUGAGCCCCCGAGUGCCAAUCCCCCUAAGCCUGGACGGAUUGUCUGGGUUGCGGAUCUGACGGCUAACGGGAGCCUGCCGGCAUUCCUUUUGACGGCGGAGAGGGUUCAUGAGGUUGAGGAGUUUGAUGUCCAGGGGGAAGAUGGGCAGGCGAAGCGUGUCACGGAGGUGCGGAAUUGGGAGGCGCAGGUUGGGUAUCUUGUAUACGUGGUUCGGUGGAUGUUUGGGGCACAGUUGAAGAAGAACUUUGAGGCGUGGGUACAGGAUUUGAAACAGUAUGUUGAAGGAAAGAAAACGGACAGUUAGGUCGUGAUUGUUUCUUGAUACCCAGUUAUUGUAUUAACUAGCUUUCUCUGUGUUCCGUGGCAUCGAGUUUUACAUGGAGUGAAUGGAACCUUCACAGGUCGGUGCUAAAUAGUCUCUUGGUUUUGGGAUAUUAUCAUGGUAGCAUCAAAGACAUGUUCUAAUAUACCAUGUAUUGGAAAUCAAUGUACAGAGAUGAAUGAGUAUGACUUAACAGAAUAUACCACCACAGACCAGCCACUCCUCUACUAUUCAUUUGAGAGGACAGUCAGCUAACACUAUGGCCUUACGGUCGAAAGCUUCAAUGCCU